CCUAUCUCAGGACUGCGAGGUUGCUGGAGAAUUUGCCUGGGGAGAUCCAGACGUUCUCCGGGUGAGGGGGAGGCUCUUCCCUGGUCCCAUGCUCCCCAGCCGCCCUCUCCAUGCAGGAAGAAGCUGACCUCCAAAGCAGCAGCAGCAGAAGAAGAAGAAGCGGGGAUCCCCGGAAGGAGCGGGUGGGUGGAUCCGGCCACCCUUCCCUUACCUGUGUUGGAGGAAGAGCCUUGGAGCCAUUUGGAGUUGCUCUGCAGGAGAGAGAAAGGAUGGAGACACAACCUUUGGGAAAGGAGGGAGCCAGAAAAGGCCCUUCAGCUGCUCAGCCUGGGAAGGGGGGGAAGCUCUGGACAAGGACUGGGCAGAAGAUCCUGGAGGAGGAAACCAUCCUCCCUUCAGGAGUUCAGCCCUGGAACUUCAUCCAAUACCGGGAGGCUGAGGGUCCCCGAGGACUUUGCAGCCGACUCCAUGACUUUUGCAGGCGAUGGCUAAGACCAGAAAAGCGCACCAAAGCCCAGAUGCUGGACCUGGUGGUUCUGGAGCAGCUCCUGGCUCUCCUGCCCCCAGAGAUGGAGGGCUGGGUGCGAGAGUGUGGAGCCGAGACCAGCUCCCAAGUGGUGGCCCUGGCUGAAGGUUUCCUCCUGAGCCAGGCGGAGGAGCAGAUCGAAUUGAAGUGCUGUGAGGGAAAGAAGAAUCCAUCAAUUCCCCCUCAGGAGUUAUUUUUAAGGAGGAUCCCUUGGGGAGAUCCAAGUGGAGACACCUCAGGAGAGAAACAAAGAAUGAAGUUUUCUGGUUUUUAUGAUGGAGAUCAAACAGCGGUGGAAUCUCCAAAUCAACCCAGAACUGUGUUGGCUUUUUUAGCAGCUGCUGCACACUGCUGGCUCAUAUCUAGAUGGUUAUCCACUAGGACUCCAAGAUCCCUCUCACAGGAGAGUCUGGUGUCCUUCAAGGAGGUGGCUGUGUAUUUCUCAGAGGAGGAAUGGUCUCAGCUGGAUCCUGACCAAAAAGCGCUGCAUUCGGAAGUCAUGCUUGAAAACCAUAGGAAUGUGGUCUCUCUGGGUAAUAAUGGGCAGGAGAAUCAAGAUUCCUGGGAACUGUUCCAAGUGAGCAAUGCUAAAGAUGGAACAGGAAAGUUUGGAAUUCAAAUGGAAUUAGAAACCCAUGAUAGAAACCAGUCAAAUGAUUGGAAUCAGGAAAGCUCAUCUUCCACCGAUGCUCCGAUGCAAAACUUUCUUGCUCAACAGGAAAAAAGAAGGAAAAAAUAUAUUGGGAUAAGUUUGAAGCCAAUCAAAGCUAAAUUACAAGUAAAAGAACACUAUUUAAGCCAAAACAAAGGAGAAGAUGCUAUAAGAAGACACAACAGACAAAGUUACAAUGGGACAUUCAUUCCGUCUCUUGGAAAUAACUUUCUUACAUCUCAAAAAGUGAUUGACACAGAAGAGAAGCCUUACCAAUGUUUGGAAUCUGGAACAUAUUUUGAAACAAGCCGGCAAUUUACUUCCCAUGAAAGGAUUCAUACUGAGGAGAAGCUAUACAAAUGCAGAGAGUCUGGUAACAGGUUCAGAAGACGUAGUAAUCUUAUUUCCCAUAAAAGGAUCCACUCAGGAGAGAAACCGUAUAAAUGCAUGGAGUGUGGAAAGACCUUUCCUCAAAGAGGUAAUCUUAUUCGCCAUAAGACGAUCCACAAAGGGGAGAAGCCGUAUAAAUGCACGGAGUGUGGAAAGACCUUUGCUCAAAGACAUAAUCUUAUUCGCCAUAAGACAAUCCACACAGGGGGGAAGCCAUAUAAAUGCAUGGAGUGUGGAAAGACCUUUGUUUAUAGUAAUGGACUUACUAUCCACAAAAUGAUCCACACAGGGGAAAAACCAUUUAAAUGCAUGGAGUGUGGAAAGACCUUUGCUCAAAGAGGUCAUCUUAUUCGCCAUAAGAGGAUCCACACAGGGGAGAAGCCAUAUAAAUGCAUGGAGUGUGGAAAGAUCUUUGCUUAUAGUAAUGUACUUACUAUCCACAAAAUGAUCCACACAGGGGAAAAACCAUUUAAAUGCAUGGAGUGUGGAAAGACCUUUGCUCGAAGAGGUUGUCUUAUUUCCCAUAAGAGGAUCCAUUCAGGAGAGAAACCAUAUAAAUGCAUGGAGUGUGGAAAGACCUUUGCUCAAAGAGGUCAUCUUAUUCGCCAUAAGAUGAUCCACACAGGGGAGAAGCCGUAUAAAUGCAUGGAGUGUGGAAAGACCUUUGCUCAUAGUAAUGGACUUACUCUCCACAAAAUGAUCCACACAGGGGAAAAACCAUUUAAGUGCAUGGAGUGUGGAAAGACCUUUGCUCAAAGAGGUAAUCUUAUUCGCCAUAAGAUGAUCCACACAGGGGAGAAGCCAUAUAAAUGCAUGGAGUGUGGAAAGACCUUUGCUUAUAAUCAUCUUAUUUCCCAUAAGAGGAUCCACACAGGGGAGAAACCGUAUAAAUGCAUGGAGUGUGGAAAGACAUUUACUUGGAGGUAUGGUCUUACUUGCCAUACCAAAAUCCACACAGGAGAGAAACCAUAUAAAUGCAUGGAAUGUGGAAAGACAUUUGCUCGAAAGCAAGAUCUUACUUGCCAUAACAAAAUCCACACAGGAGAGAAACCAUAUAAAUGCAUGGAAUGUGGAAAGACAUUUGCUCGAAAGCAUGAUCUUACUUACCAUAACAAAACCCACACAGGAGAGAAACCAUAUAAAUGCAUGGAAUGUGGAAAGAGCUUUGCUCGUAAUAGUAGUCUUACUUCUCAUAAAAGGAUCCACACAGGAGAGAAACUGUAUAAAUGCAUCGAGUGUGGAAAGACGUUUGCUUAUAGUAGUGUACUUACUAUCCACAAAAGGAUCCACACAGGGGAACAACCAUUUAAAUGCAUGGAGUGUGGAAAGACCUUUGCUCAAAGAGGUCAUCUUAUUUGCCAUAAGAGGAUCCAUACAGGGGAGAAGCCGUAUAAAUGCAUGGAGUGUGGAAAGACCUUUGCUUAUAGUAAUGGACUUACUCUCCACAAAAUGAUCCACACAGGGGAAAAACCAUUUAAAUGCAUGGAGUGUGGAAAGACCUUUGCUCAAAGAGGUAAUCUUUUUCGCCAUAAGAGGAUCCACACAGGGGAGAAGUCGUAUAAAUGCAUGGAGUGUGGAAAGACCUUUACUCUGAGCAGUGGACUCACUAUCCACAAAAGGAUCCACACAGGAGAGAAACCCUUUAAAUGCAUGGAGUGUGGAAAGAACUUUGUUCAAAGUGGUCAUCUUAUUUGUCAUAAGAUGAUCCACACAGGGGAGAAGCCGUAUAAAUGUGUGGAGUGUAGAAAGACCUUUGCUUAUAGUAAUAGACUUACUAUCCACAAAAUGAUCCACACAGGAGAGAAACCGUAUAAAUGCAUGGAGUGUGGAAAGACCUUUGCUCGAAGAGAUAAUCUUAUUUCCCAUAAGAGGAUCCACACAGGGGAAAAGCCAUUUAAAUGCAUGGAGUGUGGAAAGACCUUUGCUCGAAGAGAUAAUCUUAUUUCCCAUAAAAAGAUCCACAUAGGGAAGAAACCAUAUAAAUGCAUGGAAUGUGGAAAGAGCUUUGCUUGGAAUAGUAGUCUUACUUCUCAUAAAAGGUUCCACGCUCGGAAGAAAAUAUAUAGUAAUAGCAAUUCCACUUAGACUUAUAUACCACUCCACAAUGCUUUUACAGCAUUCUCUGAGCAGUUUACAAAGUCAGCAUAUGGUCCUCAGCAAUCUUGGUCCUACUUUUACCGACCUCAGAAGGAUGAAAGGCUGAAUCAACCAUGAGCCUAUCAGCAUCAAACUCUUAGCUGUGGGCAAUUAGCCUAUAAUUCUCCAUUCUAACCACUGACCCACCAUGUCUCUAUAUUUUUAUCUGUAUGCAUAUUGUGCCUUUCUGAUCCAAACGAGAGAAGGUUGCAUCCAACAAAAUGAAAUUUAAUGUGGAGAAAAGUAAGAUUUUACACCUCGCAGGAAAAGCAGAUUACCUGAAACCUAGCUCAAAAAUAGUAACUAUGGAAGGGUCCUUGGAGUCCAAAUGGAUGAUCACUUAAGCAUGAAUCUCCUUUGUGCGGCAGCAGCUAGAAAAGCGAAUACAAUCCUUGGUUGUAUAAACAGAGGCAUAAAAUCAAAAACACAUGAAGUAUUAGUACAGCUUCAUAAAGCCUUAGUAAGACCACACCUGGAAUAUUGCAUCCAGUUUGGGUCAUCACAUUACAAAAAAGAUUUUGAAAUUUUGGAAAAAGUGCAAAGAAGAGCAGCUAAGCUGAUUAAAGGCCUGAAGACUAAAACAAGAACGGUUAUAGGAACUGGGCAUGGCUAGUCUAGUCAAGAGAAGGAUCAGGGGACACAGGAUAGCAGUUUUCCAAUAUUUGAGGGGCUGCCACAGAGAGGAAGGAGUCAAGCUAUUUUCCAAGGCACCUUAAGGCCAGACAAGGAAUAAUGGAUGGAAAUUGAUCAAGGAGUGAUUCAACCUAGAAAUAAGGAGAGAUUUCCUAACAGAACAAUCAACCAAUGAAAAACCUAUGCCAACAAAUAAAGACUGUAUGUAACAAUUAUCACAUCAAGCAAGAAGAAAACCUACACACAAAAUCCACCCGCGCUUUCUAUAAUUUUGCAAUCUAAAACCAUCUCUAUCUAUUGGACCUGAUGGACUACGUGCAUACUUCUUAAAAAAGCUUUCCACUGUAAUUGCUGAACCUCUAAGCAUAAUUUUUGAAAAAUCUUUCAAUACCAGCCCCUUGCCCUACCAAUGGUCACAAGCCAAGGUCACACCUAUCUUCAAAAAGGGUGACUAGCCUAGUUGAAAAUUACAGAACAAUCUCUAUAUGUUGCGUCACCUGCGAAGUCAUGGAAUCAAUCAUUAACCAAUCUAGUACCCUCCUGCUAGAGACAAACAACCUACUUUCUAUCAAACAAUUUGGUUUCAGAAAAAAAUUAUCCUGCAAUCUACAACUACUACAUUGCAAAAACAUAUGGACCACAUCUCCCGAUCAGGGCAAAGCAAUAUAUGCAGUUUACAUAGACUUCUGUAAAGCUCUUGAUUCAGUGGUACACGACAAAUUAAUUCUAAAACUAAAAUCCUAUGGCAUUUCUGGACUCCUACAUAAAUGGAUAGCUGCCUUACUGUCAAACAGGCAACAAGUGGUCAAAAUAGGAAGCAUUCUAUCAGGUCCUGUACCUGUUAAUAGUGGUGUUCCCCAAGGCAGUGUUUUAGGUCUAACACUCUUCAUACUUUACAUCGGGGUAGUCAACCUUUUUAUACCUACCACCCACUUUUGCAUCUCUGUUAGUCGUAAAAUUUUCUAACAGCCCUCCAGGGAGUUGCGCGAGUUAUUCUGGGAUGAGGCUCCUUUGUUUGCGGUCGCACUAUAGCGCCAUUUAGUUUCACUUACGUUACGUGAACUAAACUUAUGCGCGGGUGAUAUAAAUAGUAUAUUUUCAGAAAUUUAUAUUGUCAUGGGGAAUUUUAUAAAAAUGUUUUAUAAAUAAUGCUAUGAAUUUUUUUAAAAAAGUCAAUUAAAUUAAAAAAAAAAGGAAAGUGCUUAUCGGACAAAACCCCUACUGCCCACCAUGAAAGCUGGAACGCCCACUAGUGGGCGGUAGGGACCAGGUUGACCUUGCGAUCAUAUUAAAAGCAAUUGUGUUUUCUUCGCUGAUAAUGUUAAACUAUUCAACACCACAGUCAAUGCAACUACCCUUCAAAAAGACCUUGACUGUGUGGCAAAUUGGUCUUAACAAGUGACAAUUUAAAAUCUCAAGAAACAAAUGCUCUGUCUUGCACAUUGGCAAAAAAAAUCAAAACAUAAAAUACAAAUUAGACGGACAUGACCUUAUAGAUGAACCUCACUCUGUCAAGGACCUUGGAGCACUCAUUUCUAAAGAUCUAAGUGCCAGAGCCCAUUGUAACAACAUUGCCAAAAAGGCACUAAGGAGUUGUUAACCUAAUCUUGCGUAGCUUUGUCUCUGGUAAUAUUGUACUACUAACUAGAUCGUACAAAACACUUGCUAAACCAAUCCUUCAAUACAGCUCAUCUCACCUACGCUGCAUAUCAGACAUAAAUACAAUUGAGAGUCCAGGGAUAUUUCAUAAGAAAAGUCCUCCACUCCAUAGUUGUGUAAAAAAAGUGUUGCUUGAACUCAUUUAUUAAAACACAGAAUAACA